UCGAUAUAAACAACAACCAAAAGUCUACGGAACGGCGUGUUGAUGAGGUUGUCUGCCAUUGAAUCCACCCUGAUUCGUGCACGCAGUAUUGUCAUAGCAUGAAUCCAUGUAAUGUCGUCAUCAGGAAGAUCCUACUAAGUCACAGGAGACUAUUUUUAGAUGGGGGACUUUUGGGGAGGAGAUCUGCGUUGUACGCAAACAGUGGUAGAGCUGUUGGUGCCCCAGUCUUGGCAUCGGGUCACCACACUGUACCCUGCUUCACCUCGCACCUCAUUAGAUGCUGUAGACCCAUAGAUCCCAGCAGAAUGAGUGCUCCCAUUCCAAUAGUCCGAAAGGGUAUCACCCUUGCCCCAUUCUCCUUGGCCUCCUUCAGUUGUUCCGCUGAUCGGCCCUUCACUCCGUCCCCUCUUCCAUCUCCCAUGCCCUCUCCUCCAUCUUCUCCUCCUGCCCCAAACUCUCCUUCAGGUCUAUUGCAGGCAGCAAAAGAUACUUUACACCGUGCUGUGUCAAAACGUGGAUCGAAGAAUAGCGUCCUGACCAUUGAUGAAGACAUGCGUGAAAUGUGUUACUUUUACUCCCAGCUGGGGUCAGAUGAACGCUCAGAUUUUCUGAUCUAUAUGGCAACAUCACUUUCUAUUGAUCAUAAUAAUGUGCAGGAACUGAUACAGCAACGACCACAGGAAGGAACCAGUGAUGCUGACCUGGAUGCCCACUUAAUGCGUUGGGAGGACCGACUAAGGCAAGCUCUGCAGCCGCCACAUCAUUGGGUGGCAUCUCAAGUGUCACGGCUCUCAGGAGGUGUCAAGUUCCUUGUUGAUAUGCGUCAAGAUUUGCUUACAACCCUCUACACUUCAUCCUCUGACCCUACUCACUCAGCUGCGCUUAAGACUCUUGAUUCAACACUGCGAGAAUUGCUUUCUCUUUGGUUCACAGUUGGCCUUCUAAAUGUACAGCGCAUCACUUGGGAAUCCUCCUGUAAUAUGUUGCAAAAGGUCUCUGAGUAUGAGGCGGUACAUCCUGUCCGCAACUGGACGGAUCUGAAACGUCGUGUUGGGCCAUAUCGCAGGUGUUUCAUAUUCACCCACUCCUGCAUGCCUAAUGAGCCUCUGGUUGUCCUUCAUAUCUUCUUAACCAAUGAGAUAUCAAAUUCAAUGGCAAAGAUAUUGAAAACCUCGAGAGCACCUUCUUAUGAUGAAAGUAGCUUAAGUAAAGAUACUGAGGAUGCUUCAACUAUCAGUACUGCCAUUUUUUACUCAAUCACAUCAACACAGAAGGGUUUGCAGGGCAUUGAACUGGGCAAUUAUCUAAUCAAGAGAGUUGUACGGGAGCUAAAGGCAGAGUUCCCACACAUGACACAAUUCUCCAGUUUGUCACCAAUACCUGGUUUUGUUAAAUGGCUAACUGGGAUGAUGGCUCGAGCACAAAGAGAUGAGCUGAGCAUAUUUACUGCAACUGAAGUAAAUGCUCUUCAACUCCAUUUGGAUGUGAGCUCUUCAUCUCAGGUAUAUGACCGAUUGCGCAAAUUAUUCACAACGAAUGGCUGGGUGGAAGAACCUGAUUUAGUGAAUUGCUUGGAAACACCAUUAAUGAGACUCUGUGCUUAUUAUCUUUAUAAUGAGAAGAGACGAGGAUAUGCACUGGAUAGUGUAGCAAAUUUCCAUCUAAAAAAUGGGGCAGUUAUGUGGCGAAUUAAUUGGCUUGCUGACCGUUCUCCUCGUGGUUUAGCCAACUCUUGUGGUAUCAUGGUCAACUACAGGUAUUUUCUUGAAGACUGUGAGAACAACAGCAGAACAUACUUGGAAACCCUAAAAAUCCACACGACAGAUGAUGUCAUGUUCUUGUCCAAGACGGCAGCAGACCUCAUGAAGCCAAGCCCAGUGAGUCCAGCAAAGUCACCACCAAUCAUACCGUGUAGCCCGCCUCCAGUUAUAACCAUCACACCUGAAUCCAAGAUAUGAUGGAAUUGAUGAAUUAUCAAACCUCUCUUAUUUAUUUAUUUAUUAUUUUUUUUAAAGAAAAUUAUUUAUAAAGCCCCAAGCAUGUUUACUAAUUGAUAACAUGUCCAAAUCAAGAUGCAAAGAAUUAGUUUCAGAGCCAUAAUGCUGUUUGCAGGGUGAAAUAAGAAGCUAUUUGUAUUAAACCCACAGUUGGUUUUAGGGAUGUGCUUACUCAUUCCUUUUUUAAGUGUGUAUGUUAUAGGGCUGUUUUCGUUGUUUGUUGAAAGAUUCCUUUUGGGUCAUUUAACAUGUUCCCCACGGAAGCGGAAAUCAUGCCUACCCCCCAAGGAAGGAAGCUUCAAAACUCUACCAUGUCAGUUAGCUUUGUGAAACCAGGCAUAUUUCGCUCCCCUGUAGCCAAGGAGUAACAUGAUAAAUUUAAAAAUAUGACUCACAGGUAAUGCACAUCAUUCUGUGGAAGCAAGUAGUCUUUUGAACACGUAAUGUACUACCCAUGGGCCAUAUUGGGAAUGACCAUGGGUGGCCCAUGUUGCACUGGAUAUAAAUAUGUACCAUCUCUGGCCCACAAUAAGUGGUACCACUGGUAGACCAUUAUGCACCACAUUAUUAGCUACAGUGGCUGAUCCAUGGCCAAUCUUAUGUCUUCUUGUGCAUGGCCUGUGUAUUUAUUGGUAAUAUUUUAUUAAAUAAAGUUGAUGGAUACCUAAUGUCUCUAUGGAGCUGGAACAAGCAGAAUUGAUAAUAAUGAUAAUGAUUCUUCUGAUGAAGAAUUUAUAAUUAAUGUGAAGAAUCUGACACAACUGGGGAUGAUUGUUUGGAAGAUGAAGAAAUGGAUGAUGAACAGCUCAGUAGUGGGAGAAGAAUGAAUGACAACAGAAAAACAAAAACAGUUUUGACAAUUAUAUUUUGGAGGAACAUAAACAGUAUCAGUCAGUGACCAAAAAGGGUGAAGUUGUAGCAAUUUGUUUUGUUUUAUGGAAAUAGAAUUUAGGAAAAUUUUAACUUUUUUAUAGUAGAUGAAUUUGUUUUACAGUUUAUUAGGUAUGAAUAAUUCAGUGAAAGUGUUAGAAUAAAGAAAAAAAAAACAUGAAGGAAUAACAUUUUUACAUAUUUACAAUCAAAAUGAGGUUACAUCAAGAGAUGAAUAUCAAUAUAUACUUUCUUUUAAUGGUACACCAGUGGUCCACUACAUGGGGAACAUUUAAGUUUGUGGAAUAUGAGAGCUUGUAUGUAUGAGCACUGCAGUAGAGUGAUGUGUCUGGGAUGUAUUUGUGUGAGUUACACAUGGUACAUGCUUUGUGUAGUAUAGGUAUUCCUGCUUGUUAGUGUCUGUGUUUCUGUAUAAUAUCCAGUGGAUGUACAAAACAAAUAUUUAUAACAAUUCUAAGCAAAAUGCAUCUCCAUUUCUAUACUGUAUACAGAGUGUUCAUUCACUAUUAUUUGCUGUAUUCAGUGAGCAACUUUAAGAAAAGCGUAGAGCCUUAAACACAGUGGAACAAGAUUUUUUCAAUUGCUUGCCAUUCCUAACCAGAAUGUGUAUGUGGCAUAGUUGAUGUAUGGAUGUUGUAUUGUAGAAACUGAUUCAUUGUUUUGGGUAGAUACACCCUAUAUUCUUAUGCUUGCAUUGUGUUCAAAGCAUGAUUGGAAAAUAAUUUACUGGUUUGGUAUUAUUUUUGCAUUUGCAUUGUUAAAUAUUCCAUGCAUUGCUUUGGCCACUCAUUUUUUGUAGUAAGUAUAUAGGUGACACAUACAAAGUUUCCAGUAUUCAUAUAAUGUCAGCACAGUUUUAUUAAAUCUAGGGAGUGUAUACUUAAGGGGACAGGGUCAGGGGGUUCAAAAUGGAGUUAGUGGUCUUAUUGUAUUGGUAUUUGUGUUAUGAACCUACAUUAUGCUUAUUAGGCCCUAUCUCAGAUAAUUUCAUAUUCAAACAAAAAAUAUAAACAGAACAACAGAGAUAAAAGAGAGCUCAGCAUGGCUAACUGCCCAUUCUUUCACUAACAUGACUUGGACUUUGGGUUGGGUUAGAUAGCCAUCAGGGAGGAUAGGGACUGGUAAAAAGAAAGGGUUGUUAGGCAUCUGGGAAGGCCGAGGGCAAGGAAAAUGACUCAGGCAGAACAUAACCUUUUUAUAUGGUUAUAUGGGUGGCAGUGGUGGAAGACUUCAAUGGCAUAUAUAAUGUGUAUUGUGAUGUGCACUAACCAAUAAUCUGAUCUUUCUCACUGUAAACAGAGGUUGCCCAAACAAAAAAUUAUCAACAACUGUGAAAAAGCUUUAACAGUUGAAUUUUCAAAAACUAUUUUUUCACAUCACUAACAUCCCUUAUCUCACAGUCUCUGUCUGAUGUCAGUGAAAUAUUUUCCCUUGGAAAGAGCAUCUCAGUACUUUUUUUUUUUUUUUUUUUUAGCUUUGAUAACUUUUUGCAAUGUACAAAAUGUUUCAAUUUUUGUCAUUCUGUAAGAUACAACAGUUAAAAAAGUAUCAUUUACUUCCAAAAUUAAUACAGUUUCCAUGUCUUUGUGGUCUACUUACCUAAAGUCUGAUUGAAAAAGAACAGAAACUGUAGGACGGGCUUUCUGAGGAAAAACACUGGGAAAAAAGAGGAGUCCCACCCCCUUAUGCAAAAUUCUACAUUCAGGAUACUGAAUAAUCUUGAAAAGACUAAGGUCAUUUUCAAAUGAAAAAUUAAAAUGGAAAAGGGAAUCUUUUGGGAACAGUCCUCUUAAAAAUAGUUUUAAGGCAUAUGAUGAAUGGCUGACGGUUAACAUGUUGCUAUUAAUUCAGUAUGAUCAUGUAUGAUUUUGUUAUAUUAGUUUCAGAACAAGGACUUUAACAGAAUGCCAAUGUUCUUGUCUGGUUAGUGAGGGGUUAGAGCAGAGGCCAGCAGUAGGGCUUUAUUGUUAUCUACCCUAUAUCAAGAGCUAAUAAGAUGAUGUUGAUAAAAUGUUUAAACCAACAUGUUCUAUUCAUAUGUAGGCCAAACCCAAAUUGUUUAAGUGUUAAUUCCUAAUCAGUGCAUAUGAUUGUAUUCAUGCCAUGAUUUUUUGCAUGGGUCUCAGUACCUCCAGAAACCCUGGAAUUACCCCAGAUAGGGUCAUUUAUCCCUAGUUGUCAAUCCCUGGGUUAGUGUCAUUGCCAAGUCCUCACUCACUAUGCAUAUAUUGUCUGUGGGCAGGGUACUUGUGAGAAAGAGGUCUGAUGUAUAUGAUUUAUAUAUAGAAUCAUAUACCGUCACCCCCACACAGUAGUAGAAAAGGCAUUAUUUUUCAUCUCUUUUUACUAUUUGUACCAUUGGUGGUGAGUGCACAUCAUAUGUCUAAAUUUGAUGGUGCUUUAUGUGUGAAUGAUUGUAUCGUUUUCAAACUGUGAUGAAAAUGCUCAUGGUAUGUAAGGAUUUAAAGGCCAUUUUUAGUCAUAUUUCUUACCUUCUACAUGGUUUUGUUGUUAGCCGUGCAUGAAAUGUGUUGUGAUUUGAAAUUAUUGAGGCAAAAUAACCAUUGAUUUGAACCAAUGAGAAUAUAUUUUGACUGCAUCCUUAUUGUGAGGAAUAGAUUGGUAAAAGUAAAGAGUUCUUUUAUAGUAUCAGAAUAUAAAAUGGGGAAUGAUAUUUUCCCAACCUAAAAACGGGUAGCAGACCAUUAGACUGGGAGUCUUCGUGAUCAUGUCUGCAUGUUACAGGAACCAACAAGAUUGUGCCUUUGCAGAAAAGAUUUUGCAAUACUAGUAUCAUUAAAUUCAUUGGCAGUUUUACAAGCAUGUUUUCUCUGUGCAAAUGAAUCUUUUUUUUUUUUUUUUUUUUUUUUUUUUUUGCUUCUUCACAUACAAUAGUAAGGCAAAGUCAUCAAUGUGGUGUGCUUUCGUCUAAAGUAAUGAUGGCAUUUUCUUGUACUGCUUGUGGAGUGAAUGCAAACAAAUUCAGUGUUGAUAUUGUUUUCAUUUCCUAAUAUGCAAACUUUUUCUAUGAAGGUUGCAUUUCCCUGUAACAAUCUCUAUACACACAUCAUCAAUUCCAGGAGUGAUUGGAAUGUUUUGCACUUGAUCUUCAUCAACCGGGUGCUUAGCCUGGAAAUAUGAAUAAUGUCUAGAUCCCUCCAAAACAGUUGUUUGUACACCUUCAUGUACUGGAAGCAAAUAAAAACAAUCUUAUACAGAAGGUGUGCAAUAUAAGGUGAUCACUGACUCUCCAUACAUGAGUAAACAUUGUCUUGUAAUAAAUUUGCUAAGGAGAAUAUUGUAAAGAAUGUUUUGAAAUUUGAAAUUAUUGGUAUGAUAUGGAAGAGUAUUAAGUAUUUGUAAGUGGUUUUCUAGCUGGUGUUGUGCUGUUUCGUUGGCAUUUUAGUUAAGGAAUGUUUCGUAAGGAAGAACAAGAGAUGUUUUACGUGAAAAACCCUCUUGGUGUGAGGCAGAGGUACAGAUUUUGUUAUGUAAAGUUUUAUUGUUAAGGAGAAGAGUCUUCUUCAAUAGAUGUAGAUAUAUAUGUGACAGCUUUUAUGAGUUAUCAGUUGGGUAAGUUGUUUUCACUUAUCAGGUGUUCUCUGUGAAAUUGUCCUUUGAUUUCAUUUAAAUCAUCCUUAUGUGUAUUGCAGAUGUGAGUCUAUCAAUAAUGUUGAUUGAUUAUGUGAAGAGAACACACUGAAAUUUUAUUGUUUAACUUAAUGUUGAUGUAUUCAUAUAAAAUGAAAUGAGGAUUUCAUUGAAUAUUUAGUGAUGAGUAGCAUUGCUUUGAAUAGGUAUCUCUGAUAACCAGUGUAAUGCUAAGCUAAGUAAAUGUAAAAGGCUAUAAGUAGUAUUUCUGCACAGAAAUGUGUAUAUGUAUUCAGUAAUCAAUAUGUGACUUUACAAUACUGCAGUGUAUGAAAGUGAUAUGAUGAAAUAUAUGUAGGAGGGGUCGAUGCAAGACAUAAAGCUAGCAGGUUUCAUAUGCAAGUUGGAAAAAAUAAUUUAAACAUUUGGCAAAUGUUAUUUUUACUUACUUAAAAAAUAUUUUAAGAAAAGGUGAGUGAUUUUUCCAUGCACAGCUAAAAGUAGCUUUAGUAUAGUAUGAACCAUAAUAGACCUGGUAAAUAUUACUCAACUUGAAUGACACUUGCACAAAAUAGUUGUAAACGUUGGCUGUGUUUUAUAUCCAUAAAGUAAAGUCCAUAGUAUUGUGUGCUUAGAUGCUGCAUUAUCAAUUACUGAAGCCUUUAACCCAGUGCAUUUGUUUGUAAACAAGCAUCAUGUAUGUGUUUGUUUAUGUAGUAUCAGAAGCACUAUAGUAUAGAACUUAUGAUUUUGGAGGAGUCCCUGAUUUGUUGGAAAUAAGAGAAAAUUCAUCAUAUAAUUACAGGUAAGUAAAAACAGAAGUGUCAUACAUUGGGUUUACAAUUUUUAUCGUGUCAUCGUUCAUUUCAGAAUUGACUGUGACUUUCAGAAUUUUUAAAUCCUUUUUUACCAGAAUGGGAAGUAGUAAAAAUUUUACAUGCUUUGCUGACCUGUCUUAGAUGUUAUUCAUGGUAACUCAUAUCUUUGAACCAUACUGAAAAUGUCAGUUUUACAUGGGAGUUGGUUGCAAUCACUGGUAAAAAUCUUUGUCUGUUAUAGUGUUGUGUUUGUCAUUUUUUAAAUAUGUAGAUUUCAUUGGCAGAUUAAGGUGCAUAAAAUCAGUUUCAAUAGCCAGACAGAAUUACUUGUAUCAUAUUAUCAUACACAUAUAUGCAACAAUGAUAGAGAUAUUUUUUUAUUAUUUAUUAUACAUGGGAGUUGUUUGUAAUGAAUGUAGGAUUUAAUUAUUAUAUGAUGUAAAGUAAUUGUUGAUUAUUAUAUUUUGGUAUUUUGCGUAUUUGAGAUGUAAAUAAUGUAGAUGAGCAUGGACUUUGUUACACAUUCUCAGGUGACAAAUAAAGGUGUUGAAAAGAA